GUUGAGUUGCACGCGCACUUCCAGCAGCGCGACAUGCAGGAGUUCUGCAAGAGCCACAACAUCGCCAUCACCGCCUACGCUCCCCUGGGCUCCCCCGGCCGGAAGCAGAUGACUCAGCUGAGGUUCAAACACGAGGUGCCGGAGUUGCUGGAGGACCCCGUGGUGCGGCUGGUGGCGGAGAGGCAGGGCGUGACGACGGCGCAGGUCCUCCUCCGCUUCCUGGUCCAGCAGGGCCUCAUCGUCAUCCCCAAGUCCGUCACGCCCUCGCGCAUCGCCGCCAACAUCGACGUGUGGAAUUUCACGCUGACGGACACCGAGAUGGCCGCCCUCAGGAGCCUCGACAAAGGGCCCUCCGGUCGCUCCUUCUUGUUUGGGAUGAAAGACCACCCCGAAUGUCCUGCCUAAUAAUCUGCAGAAAAGCGAUGGAUAUUAAGUUAUAGAUGAUCAAACAUCUAUCAUCUUAAACUAUAAAACAAAAUGUAAU